CGGAUACACACGGAGAAGGUUAUUAGUGUCCCGGGAAACAAGCACAAAAGAGCAUUAAGUGAAAUAUGGCACGUACCAAGCAGACCGCUCGUAAAUCCACCGGAGGAAAGGCGCCGAGGAAGCAGCUGGCCACCAAAGCUGCCAGGAAAAGCGCGCCCUCCACAGGGGGAGUGAAGAAGCCCCACAGAUACAGGCCCGGUACUGUUGCUCUGCGUGAGAUCCGUCGGUACCAGAAGUCUACUGAGCUGCUCAUCAGGAAGCUACCUUUCCAGCGUCUCGUCAGGGAAAUCGCUCAGGAUUUCAAGACAGAUCUGCGUUUCCAGAGUGCAGCUAUUGGUGCUCUGCAGGAAGCCAGUGAGGCAUACUUGGUCGGACUGUUUGAGGACACCAACCUGUGCGCUAUCCAUGCAAAGAGGGUCACCAUCAUGCCUAAGGACAUUCAACUGGCCAGGCGAAUUAGAGGAGAGCGUGCAUAAAUGAUCAGAUUUUCUUUUUAGUGGGGGGUGGGAGGGGUUGGGACUGACAGGGGUUUGUUUUGUAAAUCUUGAACUAUUACCAGCAUGUGUACCACCUAAUUUGCCAUUUUUUUUUUUACUUGUUAAUUUCAAUUCAUUUCACUCUUCACUUCCUCAACUGUCCUCUCACUGUAGAAUAGAGCUUCAUAUCUGUGUAAAUGCUGAAACAACAAAUGUUCCACUGCCUUUCUCAGGUUUGCAAAUCUAUUUUAGAGUCUGUACCUUUUUAAUCCUGUGUGCAUGUCAUAGGGUUUCUUGUGCUGUAAAUAAACUAUCCGCUACCUCA